GUUCCAGCUCCAGCUGGGCCCAAAGUCUUCAGUCCCAACCUGCCACCAGCUUUCUCAGGCACAGGCUCCAAGCCACCACUCACCAUGGCUCUGAAGGUAGACAGCAGGGCCCCAGGACUCCCCAGCAGUGGCUGUGACCCAGGCAUGGAGGCCCGAGAGCACAUGCAGGCAAUCACCAGAAACUACAUCACCCACCCCCGAAUCACCUACAGGACCGUGUGCAGUGUCAAUGGGCCCCUGGUGGUGCUGGACCAGGUCAAGUUUGCCCAGUAUGCUGAGAUCGUCAACUUCACCCUGCCUGACGGAACCCAGAGGAGCGGCCAAGUGCUUGAGGUGGCUGGAACCAAGGCUAUUGUUCAGGUGUUUGAAGGAACCUCUGGAAUUGAUGCCCAGAAGACCACCUGCGAGUUCACAGGGGACAUUCUACGGACCCCAGUGUCCGAGGACAUGCUGGGUCGGAUUUUCAAUGGCUCCGGCAAACCCAUUGACAAAGGGCCUAUGGUCAUGGCGGAGGAUUUUCUGGACAUCAAUGGCCAACCCAUCAAUCCCCAUGACCGAAUCUACCCUGAGGAGAUGAUUCAGACAGGCAUCUCUCCCAUUGAUGUCAUGAACAGCAUAGCUCGUGGUCAGAAGAUCCCCAUCUUCUCAGCAGCUGGGCUCCCCCACAAUGAGAUUGCAGCCCAGAUCUGCCGCCAGGCUGGGCUGGUGAAGAAAUCCAAAGCUGUGCUGGAUUAUCAUGAUGACAACUUCGCCAUCAUCUUUGCAGCCAUGGGGGUGAACAUGGAGACAGCCCGGUUCUUCAAGUCUGACUUCGAGCAAAAUGGAACCAUGGGGAAUGUCUGCCUCUUCCUGAACUUGGCCAAUGACCCCACGAUCGAACGGAUCAUCACCCCACGCCUGGCACUGACUACUGCCGAGUUCCUGGCCUAUCAGUGUGAGAAGCACGUGCUGGUCAUACUGACGGACAUGAGCUCCUACGCUGAGGCCUUGCGGGAGGUCUCAGCUGCCAGAGAGGAAGUGCCUGGGCGCCGAGGCUUCCCAGGAUACAUGUACACGGACCUGGCCACCAUCUACGAGCGGGCAGGCCGUGUGGAGGGCCGGGGAGGAUCCAUCACACAGAUCCCCAUCCUCACCAUGCCCAAUGAUGAUAUCACUCACCCCAUCCCAGAUCUGACAGGCUUCAUCACUGAGGGACAGAUCUACGUGGACAGACAGCUGCACAACAGACAGAUCUACCCUCCUAUCAACGUGCUCCCUUCCCUGUCGCGACUGAUGAAGUCGGCCAUUGGGGAGGGUAUGACCAGGAAGGACCACGGAGAUGUCUCCAACCAGCUGUAUGCCUGCUACGCCAUCGGAAAGGACGUGCAGGCCAUGAAGGCGGUGGUGGGGGAGGAGGCGCUCACCUCCGAGGACCUGCUCUACCUGGAAUUCCUGCAGAAGUUCGAGAAGAACUUCAUCCACCAGGGUCCCUACGAGAACCGCUCGGUGUUCGAGUCUCUGGACCUGGGCUGGAAGCUGCUGCGAAUCUUCCCCAAGGAGAUGCUGAAGCGCAUCCCGCAGAGCGUGCUCGAUGAGUUCUACGCCCGCGAGGGGGCGCCGCAGGACGCUGCGUCCGACACGGCGCUCUAGGCCCGCUCCCCUGCACCCCUGGCCCGGUCCCGCCGUGCCCGCUGCGCCCCACCCCUCCCGCCCCACCUCCCCCAGCCCCACCCAGGGGCUCACCGCUUGGAAGCCCACCUUCAGCCCCUGCACGCUGUGGAGGUUCGCAAACUCCAUCUCUCUUCCUCCCCUCGCAGCGCUGGGGAAGAACAGGAGGUUGUUAAACCUGUGACCUAUGCCUUAGUCGGACACGAGCGUCUGUAUUUUUAUUUUAAAUGUCAUUUUGUAAGCGUGGCACUGAAAUCCAGCCCAGGGCCUCCUGCGUGCUAAACAGGUUCGAUCCCACGGGGGUGAUCCCUCAGCUGUGUAUUUUAAUGGAAAAUGAGAAUAACUGAGGUGAAUUUACCUUCAGUGAAAAUAAGAUUGGCUUA